GUGGAGGAUGCCCCGGCCCAGCCCGUCACCGUGGCCGAUGUGGAAAGGCGAAGCUCUCCUUUGGCAAGGCUGCUGCGGCGGGCGAAGGACGACAAGCCGGCUGAGGCCAAGCCAGCUGCACCGGCUGAUGAUGCCAAGCCGGCUGUGGAUGAGCUGGCCCAGGACAAGCCGGCUGAGGAUGCCAAGCCGGCUGCGGAGGCCUCGUCCUCGGCCAAGCCGCCUGUGGAUGAGCUGCCCCAGGACAAGCCGGAUGAGGCCGCGGUGCCCGAGACCCAGGAGGAGUCCCAGACCGACGUCGAGAUCGUGGAGGGUCUCAGCGUGCGCAGGGUCGAGGGUGACUGGCUCGAGCUGGCGGCCAGGACCUUGGAUGAGUACGCGGAG